AUGAACAGCGUGGUGGUCAAGAGGCUUGCAAUUGCCUUGAAAAGACCAUUCGCUCCGCAACAAACCCCGACUUUCUCGUCGAUAUUCAGACCCUUUUCCUCCACAGCCCCUUCAAGGGACAUCGGCACACCUAGUGGUGGUGCGCCUUCAACAAGCCCUUCAGAGUUGGGCAAACUAUCCGAAGACACGGCCGCGAGCUCGAAUGGCUAUACCACAGAAGAAAUUGGAGCCAGAAUUGCCGAGACGCUGGCAAACCCGUACCGCAUGACUCCUCCUUACCACCUUCACGUUUACGCCCACAAGCACAACACACAUCUGACAUUGACGCGGCCAAAUCGUGACCCGAUGAUGUCCAUAAGCUGCGGCUCGAUUGGAUUUCGCAAAUCUCACCGAAGCGGCUUCGAUCCAGCACAUCAGCUGUCGUCAUACAUGAUGGCGAAGAUUCAAGAACGUGGAUUCCUGAUGGAUAUCAAACAGCUGGAAGUCGUCAUGAGAGGGUUUGGGCCAGGCCGCGAGGCAUUUACAAAAGUCCUCCUGGGCCCCGAGGGCAAGAAGAUACGAGACAAGGUAGUGCGGGUGACGGAUGCAACGAGAUUGAAAUUUGGCGGAACAAGAAGCCCGACGGUGCGGAGAUUGGGCUAA